AGAUGACUUCUGGUGGUGUAACUGUUAAGGACGUCAGUCCUCACGACUUUGUCAAAGCCUUUGCGGCCUACUUGAAAAAAUCAGGCAAAUUAAAUGUACCAGAUCAUGUUGACCUAGCCAAAACUAACAUUUCCAAAGAAUUAGCUCCAUAUGAUCCAGAUUGGUAUUACAUCAGGGCUGCCGCUGUAGCUAGAAGAAUCUAUCUUCAAGGCGGCCAAGGUGUUGGUAGAAUUAGAAGAAAGUACGGAGCUAAGAAACGACGUGGUUCAAGACCCUGUCAUUAUUCUCCUGGUAUUAGUGGAGUUGCUCGUGCUGUUCUACAAUCCCUAGAAGGCAUGAAGAUUAUCCAGAAAGUCGCAGAUGCUAGUGGUAGAUACAUUACUUCAGGUGGACAAAGAGAUUUAGACCGUAUUGCUGCUCAGGUAGCACAAAAGAAAAGCUCGUGAACAGUAACGUCUUAACAUAAUGUGUAAUAUCAAUUUGUAAAGCAUCGGAAAUAAACGGGUGUAAAUUUGAAAG